AUGGAGCUCACGGCCCCCCCGGCCGCCGCCGCCUCACCCCAGCCCCGCGCCGAGCCUCGCCCGCCCAGGAAGGCGCCGCGCCCCCUGCCCCGCGCCGGGGCGAGGUCGCUUUUCCCCGCCGAGGGGCUGCUGUCGCCGGUGACCCACCUGGCCCUCGGCCUGGACCAGCUGGCGUGCAGCCGUGGGAGCGAGUGUGAAACCCCAAAGAGGAGGAAGAAGCUGGGCAUGGCGUUGAAGCAGGAGUGGUCUUCGCAGGAUUCGGUCUCAUCCCAGGAUUCAGGCUCGUCGGAGUCUGCAGAUUCGGGUGUUGCCCCGGAUUCCCCCAUUGUGGCGGAUGUGGAGAUAUUUGAAGACGUGUUCGAGGGGACAGUGCUGGAAUCAGGGAGAGUCCUCAACAGGUACUUGCGGCAAAUUGCUAACCAGGCUUCGUCUCUGCUUCUUUGCAGUGAAUCCUUUGCCUUCCGACGAAUCAACUCCUUGCCAGUGAGGCUUCUGGGUGCCAGUCCAUUGCUGCGGAAUAUUUCUAAUUCCAAGGAGUUCAACAGCUCUCCUGAGGACCAUCGGGGCUUUAGGCUCAAAGGCAACACAGAAGACGAAGGCAUCCUCUUCAAGAAACCCCUGCGGCCGUUGAGCAGGCUGUAUUCUGCUGGUGAGAAGGAUCCGUUUGCGCAGAGACCAAGCUCAGCUCCAGACCUCAUGUAUUGCAGCCCUCAGAAGGAAAACAUGAGCCCAGGGGAUGACAGCCCCGUCUGCCUACGUCGUUCCUCCUUGACCUCUUUCAUGACUGAUGACGAUGGCUUUAUGGAUAUUAUGGACGAAGAAGAGAUGAAGAGUGACACAACUGUUCCACUGGGUAUGGAGAACCUCCUGAAGGCUCCCCUCGUGAGAGAGAAGGAUGAAUCUGGCCUGGCUCUGGUGGGGACCAGCAAGUGCCGCCGUCUGUUCCGCUCCCCGUCCAUGCCCAGCAGCGUCAUCCGGCCCAUCCUGAAGCGCUUGGACCGACCUCAGGACCGAGACACACCAGUGAAAACAAAGAGGCGGAAGAGUCUGGCUGGCAGCACCAUUCCAGAGCAGGCGGAGGAGCCGAAGCCGCGGUUGGUGCGCUCCAAGUCUUGCUGUCCCAGUGAGAUUGAGAACAUCUUGGACAACGAUCACCGGGAACUGAUUGGCGACUUCUCAAAGGCUUAUCUCCUGCAGACGGUGGAAGGGAAGCAUCAAGAUCUCAAGUACAUCUCCCCUGAAAUGAUGGUGGCCGUGCUGAACGGGCAGUUCAGCAGCCUCAUAGAGAGCUGCGUGAUCGUGGACUGCAGAUACCCGUACGAAUAUGAAGGGGGGCACAUCAAGGGCGCUGUCAACCUCCCCCUGGAGAAGGAUGCAGAGGACUUUCUGCUCAAAAAGCCAAUUGUGCCCUUUGAUGCCGCAAAGAGGGUCAUCGUCGUGUUCCACUGCGAGUUUUCUUCUGAGAGGGGCCCCAGAAUGUGCCGUUUUGUCAGGGAAAAAGACCGCACUUGCAAUGAUUACCCUUCUCUGCACUAUCCCGAAAUGUACAUCCUGAAAGGCGGCUAUAAAGAAUUCUUUCCCCAAUACCAAGUGCACUGUGACCCCCAGAACUACCGCCCGAUGCACCACCAGGAUUUCAAGGAGGACUUGCGCAAAUUCCGCCUGAAGAGUCGCACCUGGGCUGGCGAGAAGAGCAAGCGGGAGCUCUACAGCCGCCUCAAGAACUGCUAG